CCAUCCACAAUUAAACUAGAUUCCUCAACAUCACACCACCACAUGAGAAUAAAGCUACUUCAACUAAAAAAAUCAUCCUCACACCAAUACAUUUACACACUCAUCAAGUAACCAAACCAAGCAAAAUCUCAUAACAACACAAAAAUGUCCAAAUUGUUCACCACCCUCCAUAAUCUAAUCAUUCUAUCAUCAACACUAUCAUAUCUAAUCAUCCCUUCACAUUGUUCCAAUUCCAACAACACCACAUGUCGAUCAUAUUGCGGAAACAUAACGAUAGAUUAUCCAUUUGCCCUCCAAUAUGGUUGUGGCCACCCAGGUUUCCGCGACUUACUCUUCUGCAUAAACAAUGUUCUCAUGUUCCACAUAACCUCAGGCUCCUACAGAGUCCUCCAAAUAGAUUAUGCAUAUCAAGCUAUAACCCUUCAUGAGCCACACAUGUCUACCUGCGAAACACUCGUAUUAGGAACCAAAGGAAAUGGUUUCUCUGUCGAACCAUGGCGCGCCCCUUACAUGAGCCCAACAGCCGACAAUGUUUUCAUGCUCAUUUCAUGUUCACCUCGUUCGCCAUUGUUUCAAGGCUUUCCUGAAAAACACUUGCCUUGUAGAAAUGUUUCUGGUAUGGGGUGUGAAGAGUAUUAUGGGUGUCCUGCUUGGAAUAUGAUGGGCCAUAAAAGAUUGGGCUUUGGGUCUGGCCCACCUGAGUGUUGUGCUGUGUCUUAUGAGGCUAUUAAGGGGAUUAAUCUUAGUAAAUUGGAGUGUGAAGGGUAUAGUAGUGCUUAUAGUGUGGCACCUUUGAAGGUUGAUGGGCCUGGUGAUUGGGCUUAUGGGAUUCGUGUGAGGUAUUCUGUUCAAGGGAGUGAUGAGUUUUGUGGUGCUUGUGAGGCUACUGGAGGUAGUUGUGGGUAUGGUUCUGAUGGGCUUAGGCAAGUUUGUAUGUGUGGAGACUUUAAUUCAACCUCCAAUUGUGACUCAGAAGUGGCCUUAUUAUCGUCAGGAGCAAGGCCUAUGAGGUUGAAAAUGUUUACAGGAUUUUUGACCUAUAUGUUAGCAUGGAUGAUAGCAAGCUGGAUUUGAAAAGUAUAUGGUAUAUAGUAUGCCGGACCAUAAUUAACCUGGGUCAUGUAUUUUUUGUUGUUGCUAAGAACGUGCACAUAUUAUAUAAAUAUAUUGAGUGAGAGAGUUUUGAUUUGUAUUCCUUAAUUCCUUAUGAAAGAUUGCUUAAAUAUUACUAAAAAGUGGAUGUAGACAUGUAGUAUAUACGAUCAGGAUCCUCAGCAGCAGUUCCCUCUGUUGCAGUGCCUGCUGCAAAGUUAGUAGUUAUUGGAUCAAUCUAAUGGUUUAUAUAUUCUUAGAUCAGGAAAAACUUGCUUUAAUAACACUAGAAUGUGUGCUUUGUGAUGCAAUUCGCAAUAAAAAUUCGCUUGAUAUAGCAAUGCUCUUCCGCGA